AGACGCAAAAAGAACGCUAGAGCUAACGAGCGCUAAAAAGCAACAAAAAAUCAAGCAAAAGCCGCGAUUCAGACUAGGGAGAGAGAGAGAGAGAGAGCGAGGGAAACUGGAGAAAAAGAAGUAAACUUUUGAUUGAAAAUUUUCACUUCGCUUUCAUCCUUUCUGGAUUGUGUAAAUUUCUGAUUAAGAAACAAAAAACCAUCAACAAACGCGCGGCGCGAAGCGUAACAUAAUAUCCUGCACAUCCCCGGAUUUGAUCAACCGAAAGUGGGAAACCGAAAUUUCAAACAACAAAGGACAACGCCGUGUGCUUUGCAGUUCCUGUUCCGCUUCUGUCAUGACAGUUCGGGCCUACGUUUUUCGAUAUUUUUUAUUUUUUAUGCACGGCAAGAUCGCCGCCUGCAGCCACAAACAUAUCUGACUGAGUCCGAAACCGCGAUACGAAAUUGAGCCGUGAACACUGAAAUCCGAGUGCGAGUGAGUCGUGCAGUAAAAGUCAGAGCCCCAACUGACGGCCCAGACACAAAGCACCCCGAGAAACUCGGGUCGUUGACAAAGUAACGCAUUUAGUGAUAAGAGCCAAACGACUUUGGCAAAAUGAGCAGCCAAAACAGGAGCGGCAGGAGCAGGACGAGCAGGAGGAGCACCCAACUAUUGCUCCUUAUCGGCAUCGCAGUCGCAUCAUGUUUGCCGGGAACCGAGCCCUUCCAGCGCUUCUCGGAGCAGCCAAAGUACACGGAGGUGAAUCCCGCCCAGGACACGCUGCUCACAUGCAAAGUUAUCGACAAGCGCGGCACGUGCUCCUGGCAGAAGGAUAACAAGCCCGUUGGCAUCUAUACGAAGAAAUACGAAUGGGCCUCACGUCUGCCGACGAGCGACAACGGGAAUGUCCUGCAUCUAGACCUCCAUCCGCCGCCGGUACAAAUAGGAGGCGACUGCUCAUUGUGGAUUCGCUCUGCCACGCUGGACUUCGACGACGGUCUGUGGGAGUGCCAGGUGACGGCCAGCGACUUCACCACCCAGGAUGCCCUCACCAGUCAGCCGGUGCGCCUCGUCGUACGUGUGGCCCCACAGCGGCCUAGGAUCGAGUACGAGGCGGUUCACGUGCCGCCGGGACACAACAUCACCGCAGACGCCGGCGCCGUGGCGACGGUCAAGUGCGUCUCCCAUUACGGCAAUCCGCCGGCCACUCUCAAAUGGUAUUUGGGCGACCAGGAGAUCUCCCCCUUGCAUCCGCAGAUGAAUGCCACCGAGCCGGAUAAUCCGCGCACCUGGUCGGCCACCUCGGUGGUGCAGGUGUCCGCGAUGCGAGAGCGCCACGGAGACAUGCUGCGGUGUGUCGCCCACCACGAGUCCUACCAGGCCAAAUCCGUGAUGGUAGACGCCCGUCUGGAUGUAAAAUACGCGCCGAGCAUCCGUCUAAUUGGCUCACCGGAAAUCGACUUGGAGGAGGACAAGGACGCGCUCGUGCUGCGCUGCGUGGCCGACGCCAAUCCGCCGGCCAGCAUCGUCUGGCGGCGGGCCGGUCGCUCCGAGAUUGCCAGCUUGCAGGAAACUCUGCAAUUGCGUCCCGUCGGGCGGCGGGAUGCCGGACUGUACACCUGCCAGGCGCAGAACUCGGUGGGCACCUCCGAGCAGCUGUCGGUGCAGUUGGACGUGAAGUAUCCGCCCAAAAUUAUUUCAGCUGGCCCGGACCGCCUCACCACCGCUCCGCUGUUCAGUCCCGCCGCCUUCGAGUGCCUGGCCGAUGGUAAUCCCUUGCCAUCCUUCAGAUGGGUACAGAAGAUGUCCCAUGGCACCAAAAACAUGGAGCGGGGCUUCGAGUCCAGACUGGUCAUCGACAACGUCACCUACGAGUACCAGGGCGAGUACGAGUGCCGGGCCACCAGCUACAUCAAUGGCCAGGAGCGAGUGGCCAUAUCCGAUCCAGUGUCGCUCCAGGUUGUGGGUGCUCCGCAGGUCCUGCGCCUCCACCCGUCGCUGCAUACCGUCGCCGUGAAGAGGGGCGAAGCUGCCAGCCUGACAAUGGUCGUCUGCGCGGAUCCGCGACCCAUCCGCGUCGCCUGGGAAUGGGGCUCUCUGCGUCUGGAGGCCGGCUCGGGCAUCGAUCGCUUCCGGGCCGACGACGUGCAGCCGGACACCCGCGAGGACUGCUACCUAUCGACGCUGCACAUCCUCCACACGGACGAGCACGACUCCAGGCCCUACUACCUGGUGGUGGAGAACGAGCGGGGCACCGAUCGUCAUGCCAUACACCUGAUUGUGGAGGGUACGUUUGCAGAACCCUACGAGAUGAGCUACCUGAUGGGCGUGGCCGGAGGCUGCAUGGCGGCCAUCCUUCUCCUGGUCUGCCUCUGCAUCUACGCCAUCAAGAGCAAGAGGUGCUGCUUCAAGGGAUCCACGGGCUAUAAAUCAUCGGAUAAAGACAGCGAGAAAGCUGAUUUGAAAUCACGCUCGGAUAGCACGAGUGGCCCUCAAGGUGAUUCGAUUUACACCACGCCCGCCGGCUUCCAUCACCACCAACAGCAGCAGCAGCAGCAGCAACAACAGCAACAGCUGCAGCAGCAGCAGGCAGCAGCGGCUGCCGCAGCCGCCCUCCACGCAGCCUCGCAGCAUCCGCAGCAACAGUACCCGGGACACGGAUCGCCGGAGGCAAUGAAGUCGAGUUCCCAGGCCCGAAGCAGUGGCCACGACGAGCUGGGCAACCUGCUCUGGCAGCAGGAGGCGUCCGAGUUCCUCGAGCAGUAUCCCCCAGAUUCCCAGCUGAACCGCUGCCCCGUGCCGCCCCUACGCCACUGCCACGCCCCCGGGCAUGGCCAUGCCCCCAACACGCUGACCAAGCGGAACGCGGAUCUGUUCAGCGGCGACCUGGGCAUUCCCGAGAUCAGCACGCACGUGGGCAGCGUGGUGCACACCUUCGAGACGUUGGCCCUCCAGCGGCGCCUGGCGGAGGAGGAACGCAGCCCGGACCGGGAGCUGAGUAAGUAUGAGACCGGCGGCGGCACCACCACUCCCACCAACACCAACAACACGCAGAGCAAGUACAGCCAGCUGAAGCGCCGCUCGCAGGAGAUGCGCCAGCGGCUGGGGCAGCAAGUGCACCGCCAGCGGAUGCAACAGCAACUAGCACGCUCACGAACACAGUCGCAGCCACAGCAGCAAUCCUUGCACGAGGGGGUUUUGACCAACAGCUGUAGCACCCAGACUCUGGCCUCCUGUUUCUGGAAACAGCAGCCGCUGCCUCAGCGGUUGGAUCGCUCUAGAGAGCAGCUCCAGCAAUCCACCUUCGAGGACUACCGCAAGAAUCUCUUCGGUACACUCAGGCGGCAUGGCAGCGUCCAGGACGAGGAAGCGGAGCCGCAGGAUGAGUCCUUCAUUGUGAACGCGGCCUUUGAUGAGAUCUUCGCCCGUUACGACGACGAGAACGAAGAGGAGAAGGCGGCAGAGCGGAGCCACACCCAGACGCAGACCACCACCGACGACAUCUUCGAGGACGAGCAUAUGCUGGUGAGCCUCAGCGAGCUGGACGACGAGGUGUUCGCCAGUCGGGCACAGACAGCCUGCACCACGCCCACCAAAAGUGCGGCAGGACGGACGCCCAAGCACAGCACUCCGCAGCUGAAUCUCAACAAGUAUCCCGCCCCGUCUCCACCCCGUUCCCGCACCCUUACGAACCUCUUCGAGCGGCUCAAGUCGCAGGACCACAAGCUGCAGAAGUACCCCGGAGAGGCGACGCUCAACGAGGCGGCCGACUUCAACCGGGGAUCCACCGUCAGCAAGUCCUUUGUGCAACAGAUGAGGAAGCCGUCGCACAAACAGAAGCGGGCGCCCCGGCCACCGCCCAAGCCACAGUCCCGGUCCCAGGUGGCCAUCGCCCACGUGACGCCGCUGCGGAAGGCCCUGAUCUUCCCCAAGCGAUCCAAGUCCUCCAGCGAACUGCUGCUCGACGACCUGAGCGUGCAGACGCGUAAGUAUCACCGAUGGACGGAGCAGGGAUCGGCGCUGUAGACAGGAUCCGUGGGCACCCAGUUAUGCACCUGUUUCUCACCUGUUGACCAGUUUGACCCACCUAGAUAUUAAAUCGAUUCUCACGUACUAUGUAUAUUUCCGUUUACCCAGAGGCGACGCUUUUGUAGACUAAGUGACCCCCAACCCAAUCAACCCCGACCCCGUCCUUCGAACCUCCCAAGCAGACCCCAAAACCGAUCCCGAAUACGAUGUAGAUGAGAGGGAGGAGAGCGCAGCUAUCCCGCCGCCAUAACGGAAGAUAAAGAUACGACCCGAAGCGAACCCAAAGAGAAUUGAGCCAUACGAGGAUAAGCACCGCAGAACUAAUCUAAUUUCGUAAUUACCCGUAAUUAAAUUAAGCCAAGUACAUUACUCGAAAUGCAUGAAAAUCAAAUUAAAGACGACUAACCGUAUUUACAUAUAUGUGUACGCAUACAUUACUGUACAAAUAGGAUCGAAGACGCCACAACUGUGGGUUAGAUAUGGAAAUGAAAAUCAAACGGCAGACCGUGCUCUCAACCUAGUGCAAGUUAUUAACGAGUACAAGUUUGUCUCUUCAAUUAUUGUUUACUUUCAUCAAUGAAUAUACCAAACAAUCCCGAUAUACAUCUAAACAUUAUACGGAUAUAUAUAUAUAUAUAAAGCAUAUAACUGCGUCAUUUGUUGUAACUUGUAGGAUAAUUGCAAAAUCAAAGCAAAUGUAAACCAAUUACAAGAAGAAACAUUACUAACUCUUACCUGCAUGCAAUAAAAGAUUUGAAAAAGCAAAAACAA